AAUGAAGAUUUUCGUAUUUUCUCUACUUGUUCUAUUUGUAGCCUACCAAGCUCAUGUAAAUGCAGCAUUUGGUGAUUUGAAUGAAAAAGAAAAAGGUUUGGCUGAAGAUGAAAAUUUAUUUCAAGAUGUAGAGGAAAGAGCAAUUGAUGAACAUAUUGAAGAAGCUUUAAUGAAAAGAGGACGUCUCAUUGGAAAUUAUUAUUUCAAGUGUGGAGCAUGCGUACUAAACCCAAGAGGCAAAGGAUGUCAAAGAAUCAUUAGAUUGUGUAUUUUGAAAUUUGGAAUCAAGAUUGCAAAAUCAUAA